AUGCAUAUGUUGUUCUUGUGCAAGAGUGCUCGUGAUAUUUGGUAUUUUUCUCCUUUGCGUCUUGACUCGAAAACAGGUGAGGAUUUGUCUUUCAAUCACUGGUGCUCUUCCUUGCUGCAGAUUAAUAAUAGAAGGGAGUGGUGGGAUCUUUUCUGGAGUCUAUUAUGGGGAAUAUGGCUAAAGAGCAAUGCCUGGUGUUUUGAGAAUAAGGUGCUGAAGAUUGAGGAUAUAAUCACUAGAGCUGUUUACAUUGUUGGGGAAUAUGAGAAAGCAAAUGCUAAAACUCCCACUGAUAUUAGCAUUAAGCAGCCUCCCAGACACUAUUGGCAGGCUACUGCUAUGGGUUGCUACAUGAUUAACUCAGAUGCUGCUAUUUUCAGAGAUAGUACAGCAGGCCUUGGAGGAGUUGUUCGUGAUUCUGUGGGGGACGUUGUGGUUGCAACUUGUAAAAUUAGUGGCUGCCUAGAGGUGAAUGUUCUUGAGGCUUUGGCAGCUAGGCACUCAAUCUCUAUUGCGCUAGAGGCGGGUUUUAACAAGCUUAUUCUGGAGUCUGACAGCCUGAAGUUGAUCAAUUACUUGAAGCACAGCAAGUUCGAACACACGAGUUUUGGCCUUAUCAUGAGAGAUAUCCUCCACCUAGCUAAUUUUAGUACUUCGAUUGAAUACUCACAUGUUGGCAGGCUGGGAAAUGGAGUGACGCAUAAACUUAGCUAA